AUGCUGCCCUGGCGCAGGAACAAAUUCGUGCUGGUGGAAGCGGAGCGCCGGGGCAAAGCGAAGAGCCUGGGCCCGGGGCUGAGCUACGCCUCCCUGCUCUCCAGCUUCCUGCGCUCCUGCCCGGACCUGCUGCCCGAGUGCCCGCUGGAGCGGCUGGGCAGCGUGUUCCGCAGCCGGCGGCACAAGGUGGAGCUGAACCAGGAGGACCCCACCUACACGGCCUGGUACCUGGGCAACGCGGUCACGCUGCAGGCCAAGGGCGAGGGCUGCACGGACGAGGCGGUGGGCAAGAUCUGGGCCAAGAGCGACGGCGGGGCCAGCGGCACCAAGGUGAAGCUGACGCUGGGGGCGCACGGCAUCCGCCUGGCCCCCUGCGAGGCGCGGGGCGGCGCCGGCGGGCGGCGGCCGGGCCACGCCUACCUGCUGCCCCGCAUCACCCACUGCGCGGCCGACGGCCGGCACCCCAAGCUCUUGGCCUGGGUCUACCGGCACCAGGUGAAGAACAAGGCCGUGGUGCUGCGCUGCCACGCCGCGCUGCUGGCCAAGGCGGAGACGGCGCGGGCCCUGGCGCGGCUGCUCCACCAGACGGCCAGCGCCGCCUUCGGCGACUUCAAGCGCCUGCAGAGGCUCAACGACUCCCGGCGCCUCCAGCGCCAGCGCCUGGGCGACGCCGUCGUGCCGCGGGUGCCCGCCCGCAAGCUGCUCCACGGGCAGUGCCCCUACCGGCCCCGCGCCGACCGCAGCCGCGGCGCCCGCCGGCUCAGCUCCAUCCUGGAGGAGGAGGAGGGCGGCGGCGAGGAGAACCUGGGCGGCUCCCGCAGCCCGGCGCCCUCCGGCGGCGGCGGCGGCAAGCCUGCGGCUGCGGGCGCCAGCGCCCCGCAGCGCCGGGAGCGGGCCGAGGUGCUGACGUUAGCCCGGGAGAUGAGGGGCUGGAGCCUCCGUUCCCCGGCGCCCUGGAAGCCCGCUCGGGAGGGACCCUGCUGGUCGGGCUGCUGAGCCCCGGAGGCUAGAGACAGCCCCGCUGCCGUGGCGGAAGGGCCCGCCUGGCUGGGGUGAGGCUGGGCAGAAGGAGGCUGGAAACGCCACCUGCAGCUGGGCCCCUGCCCGGUGCCCCUGGCUGCUGCCUUUGCAGCCGGGGAGAGGCAGAUCGCCAGAAGCGGACAGCAGUCAGCGGGCCCCGCGGGCUGGCGGGGCUCGCACACAGAUAGACUGACCUACCCUGCCUGCCCUUAACACUCCUUCACUCCUGCCAUCCGAGUACGGGCACCGGCUCCGACCUGGCCCUUUCCCCUGAUCUUCUUCUGAGCGGACACUGAAAUGAUCUCGACCGGUUGGUGCAUAUAUCUCCAUCUCUUACACACACACACACACACACACAGACACUUGCUAACCGGCUCAGAGAAAGACUGCCCUGACUCUAAUGACUGGCAUCAAAGCCAUGGGCUGGCUCCUGCUAAACUGAGACAUGCCCGCACGUUCUGGAAGGGGGAAGAGUUCCCUGAAUGGGCAGCUGGCAGGGAGCAACUCUUGUGUGUAUUUUGUACUUCCAGUGAUUUCAAGAGAAAGAGAGAGAGAGAGACACACACAAACUGCGGGUGGGGGAUUAUAUUUCCAUUUCAGCAGAGGGAAGGAGAAGCUGGUCCAGCUGAAGUGACUUUUACUACUUGAUCUAAACUAAAAUUUAUAUAUUUUAAAAAAAGCCAUCUAUUUACAGAGAGAUGCCCUUAGAUUUCACUUCUAUUACAACAUGCAAUUUUUCUGUACAGUUUUGUACAUGUCACAUAGGACAGGUGCCUGUAUGUGUCUGACACUGGCGAGGGGAUGUGGUUUGGGGAUGGCAUGUACAGCACUAUGGGGCUGAGGGUUUGAUUUUCAAAGGUGCUGGGCCCCCACAGCUCUCCAGAAGGGGUUGUGUGAGUGCUCCAGAGCUCUGCAAAUCAGGACACAGUUACAUGGCUAAAGAUAAGUGUCUAAAUUCAUAUUUAGGUACCUAAAUAAGCAUCCUGAUUUUCAGUGAUGCUGAGCACCAGUUGUCUUUGAUGGGAUUUGGAGAAGUUCAGCACCUCUGAAAAUCAGCCCUCUUUGAUUUCGGUAGCUAAAGGAGGGUUUAGCUGUCUACAAUUUGGCACCCAAGUUUGGAAAAUUUGGCCCUGGGGUGCCUAGCUGUGUCUUAAGGAGAUGGGCUAUAGAACACCCAGGAGCCAAAUUCUUCAUCUUGUUUUGGCUUCAACGGGGUUACAUCGCGGAAAGAUUUGGCCCACAUGUGUGCGACUCUGGGGAUGAGAUGCAGAGCAUCACACAGAGAGCACACACACACACACGCAUAUAAUGUGGUAAUUGUAAUAAAGUUUCUCUGCGUGUUCUGCAA